AGGGAGAAGUAGGGAAAACUAUAGAUACCUAUGGGCCACCGCUGCUGCAGCAAGCAGAAGGUGAAGAGAGGCCUCUGGUCUCCUGAAGAAGAUGAAAAGCUCAUCAAACACAUCACUGAACAUGGCCAUGGCAGCUGGAGUUCUGUACCAAAACUUGCAGGGUUGCAGAGGUGUGGAAAGAGUUGCAGAUUGAGAUGGAUAAACUACUUGAGACCUGACCUUAAGAGGGGAUCCUUCACAGCAGAAGAAGAACAGAUUAUCAUUGAUGUUCAUAGAAUUUUGGGCAACAGAUGGGCGCAGAUAGCAAAGCAUCUACCUGGAAGAACAGAUAAUGAAGUGAAGAAUUUCUGGAACUCUUGCAUUAAGAAGAAGCUUCUCUCCCAAGGACUGGACCCCAAAACUCACAAUUUGCUUUCCUCUCAUAAGAGACCUAAUAGGGUCCACGUCACUUCAUCAUCACAAAUGCAAGAACAAACCUUUUCUGUUUUCAAUGGAAGUUCCCAACUCAUGGAGAUUAUUAAUCCUCCUCUUCUUACACUUCCUGCAGCAGCUCCUUCCUCUCCCUUGCCCAUACCCAUACCCAAUUCUCAUUACCAAAACCCUAAUGUCCUUUGGCCUGCAGGUAAUGAUCCAAACUCCAAUGAAUCCACCUUUUUCCCUUAUGGUUCAUCCAUGGAGAACACACUUAUUUCUUCCUUAUCUUCCACAUUAUCCGGAGUCAAUAUGUUGGAUGAGGGUCAUUGCAUUUUGGGUGCUAAUGGUGCUAUUGAACCUUAUCGAGUACCGAGUAUGGAAGAACAAUUACAAUUACAAUUACAACAGCAGGAGAAGGAGAAGACUAUUGUAUGUGAUAAUCAGAUGGUGAUGGAUAAAAUUGAUGGGGAAAUUCAGGAGAUGGAUUCUUCAUUUGAUACCUCUAACUUUGAUCUUGGUUUCUUGAUGUCUGGUGCAAUGUGUCGAGAUAAUUUGAACUCCAUGGAUGAUUAUAAUUUUGCAUGGAACUUCUAGCAGGGACUUCUCAGUUUUCAUGCAUGUAUAUGUACUGUAUACCACUUAAGUACUUCAAAGAAAUGAUAUUGUGCAAUAUUCUGUUUUGUAUAAUUUUUUUUUUUAACAUUUCCAAAUAGGUAUACAAUUACGAAUAACCACCAAUUUUCUGAACCACCACUCUUUCGUCCCAUUUUAUGAACUUGAAAUCUCCAAUCCGUAAACCUGAAAAAAAAAAAAAAAAAGGACUGACAUCACUUACCAUUUAUAUUGAGUUAUAAGUGUGUUUUGUGAACAUUGUGAAAUGAUGAACUUGUGAAAACUUAAAUACAAACAAACAAUCAACAAAUUGAAAUACACAACUCAAGAUAAAAAAAGAAUAUAAAAGAAAAAAAAUGAUCUUGAAUAUCAAUGCUUUGACCAAAGAUCCAUUUGGCUCUGUGUAGUUCAUCUCCUUAGGCAAAGUGAAUGGCAUAAAUAAACCAAAUCAAUGAAACUCAUUAGUAGUAAUCAAAUUAAUACAUAGCAAUCAAAUUGGAAACAACAUAAGUGCCAACCCCAUUAAUAUGUCCAGGGCUUGAUUCUUCCAACAUAUAAAUCAAUUAAAAACUA